AUGAGAUAAGUACUAUAACUACUAUUUGAGCUAGCACACGCAACAAUGUCUCCGCAACUCUCCCUCGUCGUCGGCCUCCUCGUUUCCUCGGCCGUUUUUGGCUUCUGCAGCGCGGAAAAUAUCCUCUACACAAAUGAUGUACUCUUCGGAGGCCAAUCCCUCACCAACGGGAACUUCAGAUUCACCAUGCAGACGGACUGCAACCUGGUGCUGUACGACGGCGGGUCUGCUAUCUGGUCGUCGGGGACGUACCGCAAGGGGACGGGCUGCUACGUUAAGAUGCAGUCGGACGGCAACCUCGUGGUCUACAACGGCUCCAACAAUGCCCUCUGGGCCAGCAACACCGAUCGGGGGAGGGGCAACUACGUUUGCAUUCUCCAGCGCGACCGCAACGUCGUCGUCUACGGCCCCGCGCUCUGGGCCACCGGGACUAACCGCGUCGGAACCCCCGGGGUCAUCAUAUCUGCGAACUCCACCGGCACUGCCGCGCCCGAGGAAUCGAACGCUACUCCGGAAAUCGCCAUGGUGAUUAAUAACUAGUGGUGCAAGAGAGAGCUAGCUUUUGUUUUCAGAAUAAUAAGUGCGAUUAGUUAAUUAAGCUUCGCUUAAUUAAGUCGCCUGUAGCCCGUGAUCGAUCUUCUCGUUUUUGGUAUCUUGUACUUGUUUUGGUUCAGUCUUAGUAAUGUAUUAUGCUUGAAUAUUAUCAUCCAGUGUUGCAGUUUAUAUA